AAAAAAAGAAAAAAAAAAAACUGUACAGCGAAUCGAAGCCGCCAUGGACCUUUUGAGUGGGCCAAAUAUUGCAGUCCAAUCUGGCAUACACACGUUUUGAUUCCAUUCUUCAUUCUCUGCGUACGCGAACAGCCUAUUCAAAAUCAGACAUCCAUCACAUCCGACCAAAAUCUCUGCCUUUCUCAGCCGGCAACCUCAGAUGGCCGAAUCCAAACCAGACCAAACAACACAUUUUCUGUCAGAUGAAGUGAAAGCACCCAAUUUGUUUGAAAGAGCAAAGGAAGAGAUUGAAGCAAUUCUUCAUUCUGAGAAAUCACCUCAGCAUCACGAGGAAACUCAUGGCAAGCGAAAUGAUAUUGAUGAAAACACUCCUUUAGAUGCUGUUAGAGCUCCAAAUGUGUUUGAGCGAGCAAAGGAGGAGCUCGAGGCUCUCGUUCAAACAAUCCAUCCCAGGAAAGAGUCUCCAACCCAUGAAAGACGGGAAGAAACCACAAAGACAGAAUCCAAGCAGGAUGAAGCAGAUUCUCAGUCAGAGAACAACAUUCAGGGGCCCAAUUUUAUUGAGAAAGCUAAGGAAAAGAUUGAAGCAACUACACCCCAUCAUAAGUCAUCACACUAUCAUCAUAAGGAAACUCAUGGAACAAGUGAUGAUAUUGAUGAAAAAACCCCAAUAUAUGAUGUGAAAGGACCAAAUGUUUUUCAUAGGGCAAAAGAAGAAAUCGAAGCCGUUAUUGAAACAAUUCAUCCUAAGAAAGAUCAUGCAAGUUCUGUUUCUUCACCAAAGAAAGAAGGUGGAUUCAGUUUUUAUAUUGGAAGAAUGUUGGAAAAAGUGUGCUCUCCGCAGGGUAGUAAGAGAGAUUAAUUAGUUGUAAAUUGUGGUAAAGUUCUGAUUUUUCUUACUCUUUUUUUUUUUUUGGGUUCAAAAUCCAAAUACAACCACAUUAUAGACAUGAUCAUUUGUUUAUAGGCCGUUUCACCACCCAUUCCCUCAUUCAAAUACUUGAAAAUUCAAUGCCUUUCUGUUGCAGAGAUUGUUUUGUUCUAGGAACGUAUCUGCUGAAAUUUUCUGGAUUUUUUUUGUCAAUUUUUGUUUAAGUAUUCAGAUUGAUUUGUUUAUAGCAAAGAGUGUCAAGUUGGGACGGAUUGUGACUAUAUAUAUGGGCAACCUAUUUUGGUUUGUUUUUCUGGUUGGACAAUGUACACAAUGCUACUAUAUGUAACAUAAGAUGCAAAAGAUUGUUGUAAUGAAUUCAUCUUUCUUAUCAACACACAACAGGUCAUUUCUUGCA